AGCGAAGCGGCUCUGGGAAGGGAUAGUCCUGGAGGCGGGUGGUUGCUUGCUCAUUGCAGCCACAGGUCAUGUGACCGGAAGGGCCCCUUACGGACGCCGUCCCUCCUCCUGGCGGCCUGAGCGCCCGGCCCGACCCCGGCCAUGGGGUGCUGCUACAGCAGCGAGAACGAGGACUCGGACCAGGACCGAGAGGAGCGGAAGCUGCUGCUGGACCCUAGCAGCCCCCCCACCAAAGCCCUCAAUGGAGCCGAGCCAAAUUACCACAGCCUGCCUUCCGCUCGCACAGAUGAGCAGGCCCUGCUCUCCUCCAUUCUUGCCAAGACAGCCAGCAACAUCAUUGACGUGUCUGCUGCAGACUCCCAGGGCAUGGAGCAGCAUGAGUACAUGGACCGGGCAAGGCAGUACAGCACCCGCUUGGCUGUGCUGAGCAGCAGCCUGACCCAUUGGAAGAAGCUGCCGCCACUGCCAUCUCUCACCAGUCAGCCCCACCAAGUGCUGGCCAGCGAACCCAUCCCCUUCUCCGACCUGCAGCAGGUCUCCAGAAUAGCUGCUUAUGCCUACAGUGCACUUUCUCAGAUUCGUGUGGACGCAAGAGAGGAGCUGGUUGUACAGUUUGGGAUCCCAUGAAGACGGUGGUCCUUGGACAGCUCUUCUUCUCCUCUCUUCACCCCGCCUUCCCUGGCCCCAGCCUCACUAUGGCUUAUACAGUACCCUGACCUGCUACUAAUCACAGAGAAGAAUGUGGAGGAGGAGGAGAAGAGCGAGGCUACAAGCCUGGACAAGUGAGGAUGGAGCAAGAGAGGAUAGAACCAUUUGGGACUGGCCUUCGAAGCCCUGGCCAGGGGUGGGGUGGAGGUCAAAAGGACAGGGCCUGGUAGGUCUUCACUGUCACUGGGAAGGGGUGGAGGUAACACUGUGAGGGUGAUCACUAGGGGGCCUAUGAAGGCCCCUUUCCCACUCUUUCUCUUGGCCUCACUCUUUGCCCCUCUCCCUGACUUGGUGCUCACAGGCACCUCACUAGGGUUUGUGACCUGUGUCUGGAUGAGAUUGAAUUUGAAUGAAUUGAGUUUGUAUUUCUAGCACCCUGGGUUUUUACAUGUUUGGGGUUUUGGUGUUUUUUUGGGGGGGAGGGGGGUGUGUUAUCUCCCUUGAUAAAGAAAAUGUAUUCAUCUGU